GCGUUGCUGAUUCGCGGGCCGGCUGCGCGAUGCCGGGGGAGUCGUUGGAGUCACCGUCCCGGACCCGUCAUGCUGCUCGCCGCGCCGCCUCAGCGGCCCCGCGCCGCGCUCCGCAGGGGGAAUCGCCACUCGCGCAGAGCAAUGCUAAAGUGGCAGUGCUUGGUGCCUCUGGAGGGAUUGGCCAACCUCUUUCCCUUUUACUGAAGAAUAGCCCCUUAGUGAGCAACCUCAGCCUGUAUGAUAUUGCUCACACCCCUGGCGUUGCAGCUGACCUCAGCCACAUUGAGACAAGAGCCAAUGUCAAAGGUUUUAUUGGAUCUGAGCAGUUACCAGACUGUUUGAAGGGCUGUGAAGUUGUAGUUAUUCCUGCAGGAGUCCCUAGAAAACCAGGUAUGACCCGUGAUGACCUGUUCAAUACCAAUGCUACCAUUGUUGCGAAUUUGACGACUGCUUGUGCCAAGCACUGUCCAGAAGCCAUGAUCUGCAUUAUUGCUAACCCGGUAAAUUCUACCAUCCCAAUAACCUCUGAAAUUUUUAAGAAGCAUGGGGUUUAUAAUCCCAACAGAAUCUUUGGUGUUACCACACUGGACAUUGUCAGAGCAAAUACUUUUGUGGCUGAACUUAAGGGCUUAGAUCCAGCUCGAGUAAAUGUUCCCGUUAUUGGUGGCCAUGCAGGGAAGACUAUCAUCCCUCUGAUCUCUCAGUGUACACCAAAAGUGGAGUUCCCUCAGGAUCAAUUGGAAACACUUACAGGGAGAAUUCAGGAGGCUGGUACUGAAGUUGUGAAAGCUAAAGCAGGAGCAGGGUCUGCCACCUUAUCUAUGGCAUAUGCUGGUGCCAGGUUUGUCUUUUCUGUCCUGGAUGCAAUGAAUGGAAAAGAAGGGGUUAUCGAAUGUUCAUUUGUUAGAUCGGAAGAAACAGAGUGCCCAUACUUCUCCACACCUUUGCUACUUGGGAAAAAUGGAAUUGAGAAGAAUCUAGGUCUUGGCAAGAUCUCUCCGUAUGAAGAAAAGAUGAUAGCUGAGGCCAUGGCUGAGCUGAAAGCUUCUAUCAAGAAGGGAGAGGAGUUUGCCAAGAGCAUGAAGUGAAGAGCAGAUAGAGGAGAAGAAUCACAGUUUCCUUAAUUUAUUAAGGCAUCAUGUCACUUUAAAAGACUCGAGAUGCAAAGCACGAGCUUUGAUCAGUCACUCUGUAUUAGUGUAUCUGCUCUCAAUUGGAAUUCUACUCAUCAAUAAAACAGCCUCCUAUUUUUUUCAGCGUA